AUGGGUGCCUACAAAUACUUGGAAGAAUUACAAAGAAAGAAGCAGUCUGAUGUUAUGCGUUUCUUGUAUCGUGUUAGAUGCUGGGAAUACAGACAAAGAACUGUUAUCCACAGAGCUUCAAGACCGUCUAGACCUGACAAGGCUAGAAGAUUAGGUUACAAAGCCAAGCAAGGUUUUGUUAUCUACAGAAUUAGAGUCAGAAGAGGUGGUAGAAAGAAGCCUGUUCCAAAGGGUGCUACAUACGGUAAACCAACCAAUCAAGGUGUUAACCAAUUGAAAUACCAAAAGUCAUUGAAGUCUACUGCAGAAGAGAGAGUUGGCCGUCGUGCUGCUAACUUGAGAGUUUUGAACUCUUACUGGAUCAACCAGGACUCUACCUAUAAGUACUUCGAAGUUAUCUUAGUUGAUCCUUCUCACAAAGCUAUUAGAAGAGAUGCUAGGUACAACUGGAUCGCUAACCCUGUUCACAAACACAGAGAAGCAAGAGGAUUGACUGCUGCUGGUAAGAAGUCCAGAGGUAUCAACAAGGGUCACUUAUACCACAAUACCCAAGCCGGUCGUCAUCACACCUGGAAGAAACACAAUACUUUAUCUUUGUGGAGAUACAGAAAGUAA